CAGGAAGUCUUCUGAAACCAAAGCGGCAUCAUGGCAGAGUACACAGACGCACACUGUGAUGGAGCUCCAGAGGACAUGCCUGAGCUCUCUGAUGAGGAAGACAACGAGGAUGAUGGAGAGCAGUGGCAGUGGAUGGAGGAGGAGGACAGUCAGCCGGUUACCUGUCUGUUCUGUGACAGGUCGCUGAGCUCCGUAGCAGAGACCCUGCAGCACUGCACAGCUGAGCACCAGGUCAACCUUGUAGACGUAAUAAGAAAACACAGUUUAGACGACUACGGUUACAUAAAAAUGAUCAACUUCAUACGUUCAACGAAAUGUGAUGCAUCCUGUCUAACUGGGCUGCCGGAUGCUCCGUUGCCGUGGGAGAGCGAAGACUUCCUGCGACCUGUUCUACAGGACGACCCGCUGCUGCAAACAGACCCGGAGGAGCUCUGUAGCAGCGAGGGGUCGUGCUCGUCGUCUGGACCUCAGCCCCAUGAUGCAUUGGUGCGCAGGGCUCAGGCUGCCGAGGAAAGAGCUUGUCGUUCAGAGGAGGCGCUGGCCAGAGCCAUGGACGACCUGCACAAACUCAAGCUGCUGGCUCAGGGCUUGGUGCUGAAUGCAGAAACGAGCAAACCUGGCAACCUGGGGACCGUGGCCGAGCUCCGCGAGGACGAGGACGAGGCCUACUUUAGCUCCUACGGACAUUACGGCAUCCACGAGGAGAUGCUGAAGGACAAAGUGCGCACAGAGAGCUACCGCGACUUCAUGUACCGCAACCCCGAAGUGUUCAGAGAAAAGGUGGUGCUCGAUGUGGGCUGCGGAACCGGAAUACUGUCCAUGUUUGCUGCCAGAGCCGGAGCCAAAAAGGUCAUAGCGGUCGACCAAUCAGAAAUCAUCUAUCAGGCCAUGGACAUCGUCAGGUCCAACCAGCUGGAGGACAAAAUCACUCUGAUCAAAGGCCGCAUAGAAGACAUCAAGCUCCCCGUGGAGAAGGUGGACAUCAUCAUCUCAGAGUGGAUGGGUUACUUCCUGCUGUUUGAAUCCAUGCUGGACUCUGUCCUGUAUGCCAGAGACCUCUACUUGGCUGACGGUGGCUCAG